CAGUACGAGGUUCCGGGUUCCAAAAAACGCGCAGAGCUCAAAUGCUCCCCAGAUCUCUAUCUCUGGGUGAUGGCACCUCGCGCACUGCUCCUGCUGCUGGUGGCCGCCCUGGCCCCGACCCGGACCCGCGCGGGCUCGCACUCGCUGCGUUAUUUCGGCACUGCCAUGACCCAGCCGGGACACAGGGAAGCGCGGUUCAUCGCCUUCGGGUUCGUGGACGACACGCGCUUUGUGUGGUUUGACAGCGAUGCGGUGGCCCCUAGAGAGGAGCCGCGGGCGCCGUGGAUGGAGGAGAAGCGGCCAGAGUACUGGGAGCGGCAGACUCGGAUCGCCAAGGCGAACGCGCAGAUUUUCCGUAAGAAUCUGAGGACUCUGCUGCGGUACUACAACCAGAGCGAAGCGGGGUACCACACCAUCCAGUCCAUGCGUGGCUGCUAUAUGGGCAGUGAUGGGCGCUUCCUCAGUGGGUACUACAGGACAGCGUAUGAUGGAGCCGACCACAUCUCUCUGAACGAGGACCUCCAUUCCUGGACUGCGGCAAACAAGGUAGCUCUGAUUACCCAGCGCGAAUAUGAGGCAACGAAUGAGGCAGAGCACCACAGGUCCUACCUGAAAGUUACAUGCAUGGAGUGGCUCCGCAGCCAUCUGGAGGAGGGGAAAGAGUUGCUGCAACGUGCAGAUCCCCCAAAGACACAUGUGACCCAUCAUCGUAGCCCUGAAGGUGACAUCACCCUGAGGUGCUGGGCCCUGGGCUUCUACCCUGCUGACAUCACCCUGACUUGGCAGAGAGAUGGGAAGGAGCAGACCCAAGACAUGGAACUUGUGGAGACCAGGCCUUCUGGGGACGGAACCUUCCAGAAGUGGGCAGCUGUGGUGGUACCUUCUGGGGAGGAACAAAGAUACACAUGCCAUGUGCACCAUGAAGGGCUGCCUGAGCCCCUGACCCUGAGAUGGGCUCCACCUCUUCAGCACAUAAACCCCAUUGUGGUCGUCUCUGCUGGCCUGGUUCUCCUUGGAGCUGUGGUCAUUGCUGUGAUGUGGAGAAAGUUACCAAGGAGGAACGCAUGACACUGGGGAACUGAGCCAUACAAAGGUGAACACACACACAACACACUAUGUCAUGAAGAACUCCUGACUUCUUUCUGCACUUGGCAUCUGACUAUGUCCAUGUGUGAGCUCCUGUCAGCAAAAUGUGAGUCUGUUCAGGCAAAACGGGAUUAGCAUUCUCCAUCCCUGCCUAUUGAGAAGAGCAUCUAGAUAUGAAUCUGUUUGAAUUCUUACCCCAGGGUUGGUUGAUGAUUUAGUGUACAGCAAGUUGCUUCAAACUUGGGAGAGGAAAUAAAACUUGAGAACAUUCCAGAA